GAUUCUCUGGUGACUGGUCUGGCCUGGUCCAUUUGCCAUACGGUACAAUCAUCAUUUCCUAAGGCGAGUCUGAUCCGUGGCUCCUAAUCUGGACCACUUGAAAAAAGUAGCCAGAGCUUAAUACAGCCUGUUAGGCUGGUGGUUUGAAGCCCGCGUUUCGUUCCUUCGUAUUUUUCUCCUCGCGUCGCUUCGACGUGAAGUAGCUGAGGCACAAUGUCGAAAUCCACCGAUAAGAAGAAGGAAAAGACGGCGCUUCUGGAUGGCUUGGCCACGGACCUCUUCAAUCGCGUGGAGAAGCCCAUCGAGUACCACAAGCUCUCCUCGGCCGAGCACAUGGAUAGUAUCACGGCCAUUCACAGGAUCCUGUCGCAGAUCCAGAAGCACGAGAAGGGGCGCCUUUCCACGGCAGCACCGGUCGAUGCCGCUACUCGCAUGCAGUUCCUGCAGGAGUGGUUCGACCAGAACAACGUCAAGAUUGACGGGAUCAAAUUCGACGGGAGUCUGCCCGAGGGGCCUGGAGUGGUGGCGACGCGUGACUUUAACGAGGGCGAUCUCGUUGCCUCGCUGCCGUCCGAACUCAUGAUGACUCACCUCACUGCCGUCCAAACCAAGGACGUGGGUUUGAUUCACUCCACGGAUGCCUGGUUCAGGGCCGUGCCCUCGCUGAUCCUCGCCAUGCACCUGCUCUUUGAAAAGCAUCGCCCGGCAGUCGCCCCCUCCAGGUGGUUGGGGUACAUCAAGUCGCUGCCAGGCCAGCACUGCCUCUCCGAGUUCAACCAGGACGCCUCUCCUGACGACAUCAUCCUGCCUCUCGCCUUCAGUCUCGAGACCGCCUCGCUCCUGCAAGGAACCACGGCUCUGCCCGAGUACCACCGCAUGCUGCGCACGGUGGCCAAGCAGUACUGCCACAUGCGCACGGUGCUGCGGCAGCUGGGGGUCAUUUCGGCCCCCCUCAAGACCGCGACCAGGGAGUGGUUCUGCUGGGCCGAGUUCAGAUGGGCCGUUUCGAUGGUGAUGAUGAGGCAGACGCAGGUGCCGGUGUCAGCAGAAGCGCUGGAAGCAGCAGUGAGCAAGAACCCCAGCGCUGCUGCUGCUGGCGUCGCAGGCACCCCUGCUGAAGCUGCUGCCACUGCCGCUGCUAUUGCUGCUGCUGAAUCCGCUUCUGCCGCUGCUGCUGCUGCCGCUGCUUCUGGUGAUGAUACCACUGCUGCUGAUGCUGCUGGUGGUGCUGCUGAUACCAGUGCUGCUCCUGCUGCUGACGCUGCCAGCACGUCAGCUGCAGCAGCUGCUGCUGCUGCGCCUGUUCGUCAAGUGAUGGCGCUCGUCCCCGUUAUAGACAUGUUCAACCACGAGGAGGGUCCUAUAACGAGUACGUUUGGCACUGACAGCAACGUGAUGGAGGUCUCUGCCAAGCGCAGCUUCAAGGCUGGAGAGCAGGUGUAUCUGUCGUAUGGCUAUCGCCCCAACACCAUCAUGCUGCUCUACUCAGGCUUCAUCCCUGGGUCCAAUGAGAGAGACCGCUUCCGCAUUCCCUUGGAGCUUCCCCCCUCCGACCCACUCUACAAUAAAAAGCUCGCACUGCUCAAGUGGCUGGAGCUACCGCCCUCCACCCAUCUGGACCUGUACUGGAGCGGCAAGCCCUCACCAGAGCUGGCCACGUGGCUGCGAGUGGCGACCACAAGUGACGAGGGGCAGAUCACCGAGGACCUGAGGGGAGCCAUUGCGGCCCGGGCCAAGGAGACGGCUGAACUGCUAGAGGCACAUGGCAAGGAUAAAGACUUCCAACCAGCAACUGCAAACGGUCGUGCGGAGACCACCAGCAAGCCGGCAAGCAGUGCGGAUGUGACUCUAUCAAAGGCUCAAGCCGACCUUCUCAGCAGCAUCUGCCAGCAGAAGCUUCAGGAGCUCCAGGCAGGGGCUGCAGCAGGGGAUGAUAAGGCUGCUGGGUCCAAGGCAGCCAUGCCUGCUGGUUUAGGCUUGGGUGGAGGCUUGGAGGCACGUUCGGCGGGGAGCAAGGGGUGUGAGAAGGAGCAGCAGCUGGUUCGGCAGCUGAGGGAAGCGGAGGAAGGGGCUUUGAAAAAGGCAUUGGAGAUGUGCGCACAAGCGAGCUCUUAGGGUUGGUCUUUCAGUUGACGCUUUGCUGGUAACAGGAGCGAUUGGCAGCUGGCUGGGCAGCUGAGGGAGGCAGAGGAGGGGGCGUUGGAGAAAGCAAUAGAGAUGUAUGCUCAUGCGAGCUCUUAGAUGAUUGCAGCAUGUCUUUCUGGUUUGGAACAGGAGGGGGAGGGGGGGGAUAUGGCAUGGGAAUACACGCGUUGUUUUGGUACCUAGCUUGUUCAUGGUAGAUAAGAAUUGGUUGGUGCAGCGAAAUGCUUGGCGGGCAUUAUUCAGGUAGUACCUGGCAGGCAGAUUCAUAGAUGCAGGAACCGAGAGAUUACGGUAAACCAUACUUCGUUCCUGAAUAUGACAAUGACCCAUUGGGCACGAGCCAUUCUGCCUGGGGAAUCUCUCUGAACAGUCAAUCAGUGUAUAUUGGUCCCAAGUCUCAACA